UCUAAAUUGCUCUAAUUUCGUCCGGCAAACAAUCACUCUCUUACAGUCUCUCUGUCCCUCGCUCUCCCUUGUCCCUCUAACCCGUGCCUUGUUUUGAAGAGACUUUGUGCUAACUUAUACUCACAUUUCAUCCUGUACAACACACUUACUGCCUUCCCAUCUCCACCGUCCACUACUGGUCCUUCAAUGACGAGUAACACUCUUCGCCUGGAGUUGAGUAUUCUAGAGAAGCACUUCCCGCCCGACCAUGAGAGGUUCCAGAUACCACGAGCCACCCCUGAUGAGAUGACUUGUGUCUUUCUAGACUCCAAAGGCACCAAAUACUCGAUACAGUGUCAUUUAUCACCUAGUAACUAUCCCACGGUUAUGCCUGUUUGGUUCUCCGAUUCUGAUUCUCCGAUUAUCCCAGCACUUGUUGAGCAGCUAAAUGAUGCUUCAGACUCCCACCUCUCCUCAGCUACCCAUCCCCUCUUGGCAAAGGUGCGUUACUUAGUGUCAAGAUUAUGCGAGACAUUCAAUGUUCCUGUCCCGCCAGUGGUCGGUGAGCUGUUUAGUUUAGCUGCUUCAGCUGCUCAUAUUGAUAACACUGAUUCAGGUGGUGAGGAUAUGCCUAACCCAGGUGAAGAUGACAGUGAUGAUCAAAGUGUAGAGGGAGCAGUCGGUGGCUGUGAUGAAGAUGAGGAGGAAGAUGAAGGUUAUGAUAUUGAUGAAGAGGAAUUGUUUGGCGAAGACAUAGAUCUUAAGAGAAAUGAUCAAGAGGACAUAGGUGCUGACACUGGUAUUGCCGAUGAGAACAAGGCUAUAUUAGAGAAGGUACGGUUGAGCACUCGACAGGAGUACAUACAAGGGGGAGGAGCCACGAGCUCUGUAAGAGCCUCUGACCGUCUGAUGAGAGAGCUAAGGGAUAUCUACAGGUCUCAAAACUUUAAGGAUGGCAUGUAUACAGUUGAACUAAUAGAUGAGAGUCUGUACAACUGGUACAUCAAAUUAUUUAAGGUUGAUCCUGACAGUCCGUUAUCCGAAGACAUGAAGCGUCUGAAGGAAAGCGAAAACAUGGACCACUUCCUCUUUCACGUCGUCUUUGAUGACAAGUUCCCGUACACCCCACCUUUUGUACGACUGGUAAGACCGGUCGUUAAAGGCGGCUAUAUCCUAGCAGGUGGAGCUAUCUGUAUGGAAUUAUUAACACCUCAGGGCUGGAGCAGUGCCUAUACAAUGGAGGCAGUCGUACUACAAAUCGGAGCUACACUAGUCAAGGGAAAGGCGAGGGUUGUGUUCUCUCAGUCGAGAGGAGAGAGCUAUUCGUUAGCAAAGGCACAGCAUGCUUACAAGUCAUUAGUUAAAAUACAUGAGAAAAGUGGUUGGUUUACUCCUCCACAAGAUGAAGGCUGAACUCGACACAUCCUCCCUCCCUCCCUCUCUCUCUAUCUUUUCUUUAUCAAAUCACCCACCUACUCUCACUCUGUCACUGACGUGUGCAAAGUCAUUUCACUAUUAUUACUAUCAAUGAUAUUAUUACAUGUAUUUCCUCUCUCUGCUUCCUCUCUGUAUAAAUUACUCUGUUAUUGAUUCCUUCUCUCUCUCACUGUUUAGUUUUCUCUAGAAAACAAUUUAUUAUCAAGACUAUUUUUUAUUUAA